UAUCCAAAUUUGCUACUGUAUUAGUCCAAGCAUGCAAAAGUUGAAUUAGCAACCUAAAUAGGAGAAACCAAAACCAAAAUGAGGUUGAAUUGAUUUUAAGAGAGCUGUUAUUUUCCAAACUGAAAAUUACAUGUCCGCUUAAUUUUCCUCGUCAAUUAAUUGCAGUCUCUUUCUUUGCAUUGUCGACCUAUGGACCUCUCAGUGACUGCUAAUAUUGGGCCGGUCCAAACUGGUGGUGCACAAACCCUAAUAUGCGGCAAAAAUUAAAUUUUUAUAACGGGACUAACUGCCGCUCGCCGGCUUAGCUAUAUAAUAAGAGGAAUCAAAAUGACAGAAAGAACGACCGCGUGCUGCCAUAGCCGCCGCGGGAAACUGUUUGCUUUUGAAGCAUAGGGCAUUGGCUCUCUAACUUCCAUCAGUGUUUCGCUUUCUCCACUUUUCUCUCGACUCAGUGACUGGAGUUUAAGUCGAUUUAAAGAGGAGUACGUAGCAAAAUUGUUCUGAUGGCACUUCGUUUUGAGGUUCUAGGCAGGUUUAAUCGUGCUCGUGCAGCUAAAUUGACACUUCCUCACUUCGUGUGCCAGACUCCUUUGUUCAUGCCUGUGGGUACUCAAGGGACGAUUAAAGGUUUGACGACUAACCAGCUUGAGGAAAUUGGUUGUCAAAUAAUUCUUGGGAAUACAUAUCACUUGGCACUUCGUCCUACUUCUGAGCUAAUUGAUGAAUUAGGGGGUCUCCAUAAAUUUAUGAACUGGCCUAGAGCGCUGCUUACAGAUUCCGGUGGCUUCCAGAUGGUGUCAUUAUUGCAUUUAGCUGAUAUCACGGAACAAGGUGUGACCUUUCAGUCACCAGUUGAUGGAAAGCCAAUGCUUCUAACACCUGAGGAGUCAAUUCAAAUCCAAAAUAGAAUUGGUGCAGAUAUUAUUAUGGCUCUUGAUGAUGUAGUGAAAACCACCAUCACUGGUCCACGGAUUGAGGAAGCCAUGUAUCGCACUCUUCGGUGGAUAGACAGAUGUAUAGCAGCACACAAGAGACCAAAUGAGCAAAAUUUAUUUGGUAUUGUUCAAGGUGGUCUGGAUCCUGUGUUAAGGGAUAUAUGUGUUAGAGGCUUGGUGGAACGGAAUUUACCUGGCUAUGCUAUUGGUGGGCUUGCAGGCGGUGAAGAUAAAGAUUCAUUUUGGCGUGUUGUUGCUCAGUGCACAGCUGCAUUGCCUGAAGACAAACCACGAUAUGUUAUGGGCGUUGGUUAUCCCCUGGAUAUUGUUGUUUGUAGUGCCUUAGGUGCUGAUAUGUAUGACUGUGUGUAUCCUACUCGUACCGCUCGUUUUGGCACAGCUCUUGUACCUGAGGGAGUGCUGAAGCUAAAGCACAAAGCAAUGGCUGAUGAUUCCCGUCCAAUUGAUCUCACAUGUGCCUGCAUGGUCUGCAAGAAUUAUACAAGGGCCUACAUCCAUUGCCUUGUCACAAAAGAUGCCAUGGGAUCACAGCUGCUAUCAUAUCACAAUUUGCAUUACAUGAUGAAGCUUAGCAGAGAUCUACAUUCAUCAAUCGUUGAGGGAAGAUUUCCAGAAUUUGUUUGUAAUUUCCUCCAGAAAAUGUUGAUCGAACUGCACUCUGAGUUGUCAUUCUGGCAUAAUCCCUUUCCUGUCCUUUACAAGUCAAAAAUGCUAAUGGCAGUCACCAGUAGAUUUCCGAAAGGUGAUGUCCCUGAAUGGGUCUGCAAUGCCAUGGAGGUUGCAGGAAUCGAUAUCUCAUGCUGCUGCACUCUAUUCUCUCACCCAAAAGAUUAACAUAGGAAAGAGUAUAUCAGCCAAGAAGUGACAUUCCAGAAAAUUUGACUUGAGAAAUUAAUUAUGAGCAAAUUCAAUCUAUAGUUGACAACACAAGGCAGCAUAAAUUUUGCAUCUCUUAUGCUGCGCCUACAGGAAUUAUACCCCAAUAGGAGGUCUCGUCAUUUUGAGAGGAAUUCUUUUUAUUUUUUAAUUACACCUUGCAAAUUGAGGAGAAUUUUAUUUUAUUUUACCUUUUCCAAUAUGAUUUGUUAACAAAAUAAAAAAAAAAAGACCCUUUACAGUUUUUUUUUUCCCCUUUUUUUGGUCUUUGCAAUUUGUGACACAGUUGGCUGGCAUCUGUGAUGCAUACAUUAAUAAUUAUAAUUAUAAUGCAUAGACAGAACUUGAAUUGUCAUUGAGAUGCAGAAUUUGGUUAUGAUUAAUCUAGAGAUUGUAUUUGAGAUUAGUUGAUGCUAAAAGUGGAAGCUCUGCAAUGAGGAAUUCAGUGCAGGUCUCUUUGAAGUUUGAAUUGUCCAGAGAUAAAUGGCUUUUAUGUAGCCAGCCAUCUGCCUAACUUGUGGGUCUGUUGACGAUAAAAGCCAGAGUGACAGAAUGAGAAAGCUCACCAAUUAUGACAUUUUGAAAGUAUGACUUAAUGGGUAUGAAAGGUACCUUUUGUGGGCUGGACAAGAAAGUCCAAGGCACAACGUAUAUUUAAAGCAAUGUGAAUUCUGCUUUAUAUAUCAAAAGCACUUCCCUCUAAA